UGUCAAUCCUCAAGCAUAAUGAGCGGACUUUCAUUUUCUGAUGUUAAAAUUGUGCAUGUGGACUUGAGAUUGUCUCCUUAUGUCCCAUUCGGGAUUACUUUUUCCGGUCGGAUCAACUCAAUCGGGCACGAUCAGGGAAUAUUUAUUGACUCAGUUCUUCCUGGGUUUAUAAUUCUGGUCAUAUUUAGUGGAGCGGCUGAUAUUUAUGGCAGAUUUCGUGUAGGAAUGCUCAUUCUUGAGGUCAACGGAACUUCUUUAGAGAAUAUUUCAAAUUUCCAGGCUUUAAAACUUUUAGAAGACUCUCUUAAGCCUGAAAAGUAUUUUAUUUAUUUUAAGCAAAGAUAUGGCCUUUCUCUUGUUUUGGCGGAGUUUUCGUCUCCAAAUUUAAUAAAUUCGUUGCAAAAGGAUCCGAAUUUAAAGUCGGCUCAUUGCAGUGAUUCGGGGACUUUGGUCUCUGCCAGGAGAAUAACUCAGAAUGAUAGUUUGAGCAUAAAUUCAGAUAUGUUUAUUAUUGUGGCGAAUAUGCUCAGAAGUGAUAUUCCUCACUCGUUGCCUAUUCGUGACAGAGUUUGGCUUAAAAUGCCAAUUUCUAACGCUUUUCUGGGCUCGGAUUUGAUUGUCUGGCUUUUGCAGAAUGUUGCUGGGAUCAGACGUAGAAAGGAAGCUUUGGCAUAUGCAAUGACAAUGUUGGACACUGGGUUUAUCAGGAGCGCUAUUUUGUCAGAUAAAAAACAGGAUUUUUCACAGCAGCGUUAUUAUAUGAUUGCCCCACCAAUUGUCGAACGUUGA